AAAAAACAGAAGGAAAAACCCCUGGAGGCUGCAGGCUGUGGACCUGGUGUCUCGAGGAGAGCUCUCUUCAAGUCUUCAGCUCCACCCCCUCCCCCGCUCUCUUCUUCGUUAACAACCAACCAACCAGCAACAAAAAAAUGAAUAAACAAUCCUCAGUUGCAUAGGAAAUAGCAGGAAACGCUCAGAUGUCUCUCCCAAAAACCAUACUAGCAUCAUCGACAGGAGCUAAAACUUGCUAUUACAUACCUCGUACCCGCGAUUUCUUUCUCAAUCUCCUCAGAAAAGCUGCCACCCUCUCUCACUUAACCCAACUCCAAGCCCAGCUAAUCCACCACAGCCUCCUCCUAAACGACAUUUCCGUCGCCACCAAACUCACCCACAAAUUCUUCGACUUCAAUGCCACUCUCCACGCUCGUGCACUCUUCUUCUCCGUCCCGAAACCGGACCUUUUCCUCUUUAACGUUCUCAUUAAGGGCUUCUCCACCAAUAACAAGCCUUUGUCGGCGAUUUCUCUGUUUACCCAUUUGAGAAAAAGCACUCGUUUAAAGCCCGAUGAUUAUAGUUAUGCUUUCGUUGUAUCGGCUGCGGCGAGUCUUGGUGAUGCUAGAAUUGGUGGGAUAUUACAUGGAAAGGCAAUAAUUGAUGGGUUUGGUUCGGAUUUGUUUGUUGGGUCUGCCCUUGUCGACUUUUAUUUUAAAAUUUGGCGGGAAAAUUUAGCUAUUAAGGUGUUUGAUAGAUUGCCUCAAAUAGAUACUGUUUUGUAUAAUACAAUGAUAUCUGGGUUUGUUAAGAAUUCUUGUUUCGAGGACUCAAUUAGAGUUUUUGGAGAUAUGGUUUUGGGUAAUGGGCCCAAGUUUGAUUUAACAACAGUUAUAGCUGUUUUACCUGCUGUGGCUGAGUUACAAGAGUUGAAAUUAGGCAUGCAAAUUCUGUGUUUGGCUAUAAAGUGUGGUUUCUAUUCUCAUGUUUCGUUGCUUACGGGCUUGAUUUCGUUGUUCUCGAAAUGCGGGGAAGUUGAGAUUGCGAGGUUGUUGUUUGGGGAGAUUCGUAAGAAAGACUUGAUUUCUUGUAAUGCAAUGAUUUCAGGGUUUACUUGCAAUGGCGAGACUGAGGAUUCGGUGAGGUUGUUCAAAGAACUGCUUAGUUCUGGAGAGAGAGUUAGUUCAAGCACUAUUGUGGGGUUGAUUCCUGUGUAUUCUCCUUUUGGUCAUUCAUAUCUUUGUAAUUGUAUCCAUGGUUUUUGUGUGAAACUUGGUAUCGUUUCCCAUUCUUCUGUUUCAACUGCAUUGACUACUGUUUAUUGUAGAUUGAAUGAAAUGAUAUUUGCAAGGCAACUUUUUGAUGAAUCAGCAGAGAAGACUUUAGCUUCUUGGAAUGCAAUGAUCUCGGGUUGUACCCAAAAUGGUUUAACAGAUGCAGCAAUCUCCCUUUUUCAGACGAUGCAAAAAAAUAAUGUCAAUCCAAAUCCAGUUACUGUUACCAGCAUUCUUUCGGCUUGUGCUCAAAUUGGAGCCUUAAGUCUUGGAGAAUGGGUACACAGUUUAAUUAAGAGCAAUGGUUUUGAGUCCAAUGUCUAUGUUUCAACUGCUCUGAUUGACAUGUAUGCAAAGUGUGGGAACAUUACUGUAGCUAGGGAAUUAUUUGAUCUGAUGCCUGAGAAGAAUGAGGUGACUUGGAACGCCAUGAUUUCUGGUUAUGGUCUCCAUGGGCACGGGCAGGAAGCACUGAAGCUAUUUUACGAUAUGUUGUCUUCUUUUGUUAAACCCACUGGUCUCACUUUUCUCUCUGUAUUGUAUGCUUGCAGUCAUGCUGGGUUAGUGAAAGAAGGAGAUGGAAUUUUUCACACUAUGGUCCAUGACUUCGGCUUUGAACCAUUAGCUGAGCAUUAUGCAUGCAUGGUUGAUAUCCUUGGACGAGCUGGACAAUUGAAAAGGGCUUUGGAAUUUAUCAAGGCAAUGCCUGUUGAGCCUGGUCCUCCCGUGUGGGGUGCCCUGCUUGGAGCUUGUAUGAUCCACAAGGACACAAACCUAGCUCAUGUAGCUUCUGAAAAGUUAUUUGAAUUGGACCCAGAAAAUAUAGGAUACUAUGUCUUAAUGUCGAAUAUCUAUUCAGUAGAAAGGAAAUAUCCACAAGCUGCUUCAGUAAGACAAGUAGCCAAGAAGAAAAGGCUUGCAAAGACUCCAGGCUGUACAUUGAUUGAGAUUGGUCAGGUCCCACAUGUCUUCACAUCUGGUGACCAGUCCCAUCCACAAUCAAAGGCAAUCUAUGCAGAACUAGAUAAAUUGACUGGAAAGAUGACAGAGGCAGGAUUCCAGACAGAGACUACCACUGUUUUGCAUGAUCUGGAGGAGGAAGAGAAGGAACUGACAAUGAAGGUUCACAGUGAGAAGUUGGCCAUUGCCUUUGGCCUUAUCUCUACUGAACCUGGAGCUGAAAUUAGGAUUAUCAAGAAUCUCCGAGUUUGUUUAGACUGUCAUAAUUGGACUAAGUUCUUGUCAAAGAUCACAGAGAGAGUUAUUGUGGUAAGGGAUGCCAAUAGAUUCCAUCACUUCAAAGAUGGUCUCUGUUCAUGUGGAGACUAUUGGUGAAAAAAGAUGUCCUGCUUCAAUCUUUUCAAGUCAUUUCAGGAUAGCAGAUAUUUUCUGGUAAGUAAAUGCUUUUCAUGUUGUGAUACCAUAAGAGAUUAAACAAAAUAACAGUUCAGUCAAUUUGGUUC